AUCAGAUCAUUUGGAGCUUUUUAUGGGCCUAAAAUGAAGCCGUCAUCCUUCUGUGAGGUGCUUCCUGACAGGCACUUUGAUCCGUUUUGGUAAAAAAGUAAAAAAUUCAAGAAUGUGCAGAUUCUCACCUGGUUAAUCUAGUUGCAGAUACGAGUUUUCAUCACCCACACAGGGUGUUCUUGUAACUGUAAAAACAUUGUUUUGCUAGUCAACUUUUGUUUCAUAGCUGUGAAAAAUCUCUUGCUCCUUUAUCUGAGAAGCAUAUCCAAAAACAAUUGUAUUUGGUUCAAGCUCUUUGUAUAUAUGUUUCAAGUUGUGGAUAGUAUUUUGGCUUCAUGCCUAUUUAUAUAUGCCUUGCAUUAUAUGAGCCUCUUUGGAUUGGCUUAUUUUAGGUGCUUUUAAGCCAAAAUAGCUUUUAAGCACUUUUGUAGUGUUUGCGUAAAACUAAUUUAAGCCAAAUCAACAAAAAUAAGCCAAACCCAUAAGUUCUAACUUAUGGCUUUUAGCUUACAAGUCAAAAGCCAUACACCCAUCCAAACGGGCUCUAUUUUAUGGUUUUGAUAAUUUAUUUUCAAAAUAAUUAAGCGAAUACUUUAUUUAACUGUGAUCAUAAGUCAUAACGCCUCAACAUUAACUUUCAAUUUAUACUGAGUAGUGCCAGAUACUUGUAUUCUUUCACAUGUCAUCCCAUUGACUAAUCAAUUAGUUGGGUUUGUAAUUUGAUCAUACUAGAAGGGAAAAUAAUAAAGGGGAAAAACGGGCAAAACCUCUUCUGUUGGUAAAAACUUACUAGUAUGCAGUGUUCAUACCACAUCAAUAAAUACAAGAUAUGUGUUUGGUAAUUAACUUUUAUUACUUAAUCAUGGUUACUUAAAACAUAUUUUCAUCCUUAUUAACUCACUUAACUACGAGAAUUGAUAUGGUUUGGUGUAAACAAAUUUACUCCUCCUAUAUUAGGUUGGAAAUACGACUAGUUCCUCACUAAUGAUUUCAAAAAUAUGGCAGCUUUUUGAGUUACAAACAUGACCAAAUUAAGGAAAUAAUUUACAACAAUCUAAAGCAAAGAAGUAACUUAUUGUUUGGUUGAUCUGAAUAGAAGAACUCCGUGAUCCCAAAAUUAGGAAAAAGAGUUUGAAAGAGUCUCCGAAUGUAUAGCUCAAAUAGUUACUCCUUUUUAAACUGGUUUUAUACAGUUAAAUCACAAUAUAAAAAAUCAUUUUCAUAAACAAGCAGAUAAAAAGGAAAAAGAAAGAAAGAAAGAGUCAAUACCAUGAUCCAAAAUCAUUUCAUUUUAACAUUUUUCUUCUACUUUGUUCUUCCUUUUUUUCUUUUUCCACUUUCUUUUUCUCCAGUUCCGUAACAUUGCAUAACCAAGUAAAACACACACACACACACACCGCCCCUCUAUGAUCUGUUAUCACCAUUACACAUGCAAAAUCAAAAUCUAGUUAGAUAAUAAUGCAUGGAUUCAUUAGACAUUACGUACACAAUAUUUCUUUGUUUCAUGAUAAACUAAUUGAUUCCCUUUAAAGUGUGCAUGUGAUCUGGAGAUUGAAGAAGAAAAGUGUAAAAGGGUGUUGAGUCAAUAUAUGUUACAUGCAGCGAAGGGGUGAUUCCAAGAAAAGUGAAACAUCACACAGUCACUAUAACAAUAGUAAUAAUAAUAAUAAUAGGAGAAAUAGUAGAGUUGGUGGUCGUGGUUCAACUUCAGCACAGUAUCAAAAGGUAAAAGGUGGUGGUAGUUCUGUUCUACCUCCUCCUUCCUCUUCUCCCACCACGCUAAGCUUCAAGAAGUCUGAUGGAGAAACAGGUCCAUUGAAAGCAACUGAUGCUGUUGCUGAUCAGGAGUUUGUUGCUGUGCAAAAUGAUGCCCCUGCCAAAACCUCAGGAUCAGGCUCUUCAAUUGCUCCUAUAUCAGAUAGAGUCAUACACGAAGAUAACCAAAUUGUUUCUGGUGCUCUUUCUCCUCAACAUGCAUCUACAGAUUUGGAUCCAUCAGCUCCCCAGACCCCCAUGAAAGAUGACACUUCUAAGAAAGUAUCUCUUCAGUUUGGAAGCUUUACCCCAGGUUUUGUGAAUGGGAUGCAGAUUCCUCAAAGAACCAACUCAGCACCCCCCAACAUGGAUGAGCAGAAGCGCAUGCAGGCACGAUCUAGUCCUUUUAGACCACAGCAUCUUUUGCCUUCUUCUGCUCCACAUCAGCCACAGUUUAGGGAGGACACUGGGAAGCCGAUGAAUAAAAAUCCUGAUCCUCAGUAUUCUCCUGAAAGAGAUCUACCCAUUCAGGUUUCAGCUGCUCAUGCUGUGAGUAGCAUGCAGAAGUUAUCUUCUCUCCCUUAUCCUGGGGUUCCAGUCAAUCCUCCUUUUCUGCCGCCACACGGUCCUGUGCAGUUCGGAAUGCCUGGACCACAGGUUCAACAUCAAGGGAUUCCCUGUUCUUCGUUCCCGAUGCCAAUGCCACUACCUGUUGGAAAUCCCAACCAAGUCAGGCAUCCCCCAUUUGUCCCUGGUCUCCAACCUCACCCUAUGCAGCUUCAGGGAGCAAUGCAGCAGGGACAGAUGAUGAACUUCCCUCCUAAAUUUGGUCAUCAGAUGAGCUCUCCGUUUGGCAGCAUGGGAGUUGGGAUUCCACCUCAGUUUGGGCAGCAUGUUAGGAAGGUUAAUCCUCGCAGAUCUGUUAAAAUUACUCAUCCUGAAACUCAUGAAGAGUUGAAACUAGAUGAGAAGGUUGACAUGAAGUUGGAUGGUCGUUCAUCUGGCUUGGCAAUACAUCAUGUUGGGGGCUUACCGUCACAGCCUAUGCCUUAUGGUCCAUCUCGUCCUAUGAACUUUUUUCCACAUGUGCCCCCAAAUCCUAUUUUCUUACAAAAUGCUCCUCCGGUUCCUAUAACAAACUCCUUUGUGGCUCCCUGUGCUCCAGGACUAGGAUAUAGCUCUCCAGCUUCAGUUCAGUUGGCCGUUAACCAAGCUCCUGGCUCGGUUAGAAGAGAGCUUUUGACAUCUUCAUUUGCCAAGAAGACAACAGAAAUAGAAAAAGCACUCCAACCACCUUUGAGAGUUAGCUCUAAUGAAGAGGAACUAAAGAUUCUCCCAGAAACCUCGAUUGAGGCGUCAGAAUCUGCCUCCAAGCCAAUACUUUUUGCUUCACCAGACAAAUCACUAGUUUCUGUUGAUAUACGUCCUUCUGGUAGUGCUAUUAACCAUGUUCAAGGAGUCGAUUAUGUUGAGACCGAGUUGAAGAACCUUCCAAUGAAAAGCCAAUUGCAUCCUCAACAGCUACAAGAGGAAGGAAAUUUCACGUCCAUAUCGAAUCCUACACCAAAUUCAGUAAACCGUAUUUCAGAAGGUCAGAAUGCUGAAACUAUAGAAACCCAAGCAACUUCCGCAUUAUCAGAGACGCUUAGUGAUGCUUCCAUUUGUUCUGGAGCAUCCCUGCGUAAUUCAGACACUAGCAUUCAUGAUGCAUCGGAACAUUUUAGAGUGACAACUAAUCAAGGGAAUGUGAUUGCUGGUAAGGGCAUUAGAAAAGGACAACUUACAACUACUCCAUCUGAUAGGGAUAUACCGGAUCAAGUAUCAAGCGCAGGUGGCUGUGAAACUAACAAUGUGGGUCAUCAUGAGGAUUCUCAUAUUCAUACUUCACCAUCAUCUCCAUCAUAUACCAAAAUUUGGGGAAAAGUGUCUGACGAAACAAAAACUGAAUAUCGUCGCGUUCAAGGAGCAAGUCCAAAGGAUAAACCUACGAAUAAGGUGAAAAGUGCAAACUCCAGGGGAAAGAAAAAGAGAAGAGAAAUUCUUCAGAAAGCUGAUGCAGCUGGGGAUACGUCUGAUCUUUAUAUGGCAUUUAAGGGACCCAAGGAGAAACUACAGUCUUCUGUUUCUUCAGAAAGUGUUGAGAGUUGUUCCAGUCUCACAGCAAGGAAGAUAUCAUCAAGUUCUAAUGAAGAUUUUUCAGCAAAUGAAGAUAAAAAGAGUACAGGUGAACCAAACAACUGGGAAGAUGCUGCUAUGUCAACUCCAAAGUUGGAAACUUCUGGUGACAAUAAGAUCAUUAAUGAUAAUCUUAGGCAUCCAAAUGGUGGAAGUGUCACUACAGGCAAAAAGAGAUACUCAAGAGAUUUCCUUCUUACCCUUUCUUCUCAUUUCGCUGAUCUCCCUGCUAAUUUUGAAGUUCCAUGGCAUAUGGUGGAGGCCCUUUUAAGUCCUAAUUCAAAAGGGGUGGAUUUUAACAAGCAUGGUCCAAACCCCUGUCCUGGACAAACUAAUAGCAGACAAGGCAGCUCUUCUUGGUCUGAGAACCGUCCUACUGGAAUGGUGGAUGAUGGCAGGUGGACCAAUGAGCAACAUACUGAUAUCAACCAAGGGGGAAACGCUAACGGUGCUCAUCCAGGAAGAGGAAACCACAAAAAUAUGAGGAAUCUACAAGGACAGCCACCUAGCCAAUAUGUAUCUGUGUUACCUGCGGGAACAAUGCUGCCAUUAGCCUCUCAGGGAGGAGUACAACAUAUUCGGUCCGAUGCCAACCGCUGGCAGCGGGUUUCUGGCUCUCGAAAAGGUUCAAGUCCUUCUCAUCCACUGCAAGUUAUGCACAAAGCUGACAAGAAAUAUGAGAUACGCAAAGUGACUGAUGCAGAAGAGGCAAAACGUAGACACUUGAAAGCUAUCCUCAACAAGCUAACUCCACAAAAUUUUGAGAAGUUGUUUGAGCAAGUAAAGGAGGUUAAUAUUGAUAGUGCUACCACUCUUGCUGGUGUCAUUUCACAGAUAUUUGACAAAGCUCUAAUGGAGCCAACAUUUUGUGAGAUGUAUGCAAAUUUUUGUCAUCAUCUAGCCGGGGAACUUCCUGAUUUUGUGGAGGACAACCAGAAAAUAACUUUCAAGAGACUUCUCCUUGAUAAAUGCCAGGAGGAGUUUGAGAGAGGUGAAAGAGAAGAAGCAGAAGCUGACAGUAUGGAAGAGGAUGGAGAGGUGAAGCUGUCAGAGGGAAAGAGAGAGGAGAAGAGGUUACAAGCACGAAGAAGGAUGUUAGGUAACAUAAGACUGAUUGGGGAAUUAUACAAGAAGAAGAUGCUUACAGAGAGGAUAAUGCAUGAGUGCAUCCAGAAAUUGCUGGGGCAGUACCAGACUCCAGAUGAGGAAGAUAUUGAGUCUCUUUGCAAGCUUAUGAGCACUAUAGGAGAAAUGAUCGACCAUUCCAAGGCGAAGGAUUACAUGGACGCCUAUUUUGAUAUGAUGAUGACAAUGGCUAACAAUACAGAUUUGUCUACUAGGGUGAGGUUUAUGUUAAUGGAUAUUAUUGAUUUGAGAAAAAAUAAGUGGCAGCAAAGAAGAAAAGUAGAAGGCCCCAAAAAGAUCGAGGAAGUGCGAAGGGAUGCUGUUCAAGAACGUCGAGCUCAGGUCAGUCGGUCCACUCGUGGUUCAAGCACUGUUUCUUCUGCUAGAAGAGGGCAGCCUGCAGAUUUAGGUCUUCGGCCAUCCAUGUUUUCUUCGCCAGCUCCUCAGAUGACUCCAUUUCGUGGAAUGCCAUCACAAAAUCGUGGAUCUGGAAGCCAGGAUUGCAGGUUGGAAGCUAAACAUCCACAUGAGAGUAGGAUAUCAUCAGCUGCCUCGCCACAGCGACCUCUUGAUGAUAAAACAAUGAGCCUUGGUCCCCGGGGAGGAGGCCCCGGAAGGGGAACAUGUUUCAGGGGCCCACCAAUGCAUUCUGGUGGUCCUGUGGCAGAUGUACAUGCUGGUUCUGGGUGGUCACCAUACAACUCAAGACAAGAAUCAAUAGCCAAAUAUGCUCCAGGGACAGUGGUGAAGCCUACUGCUUAUGCUCGACCAAAUCAACAUGAGCACACACAUUAUGCAGAAAGAGAAGUAACAAAUAUAAAUCGUCCUUUUGGGAGAUCUGCGGAACCGCCAGCCUCAGCUCAUCCGGAUCGACCCUCUGCUGCGCCAAAUUCACCAGGAAUGGUAUUGUCUGAAGAACGACUUGGUGAAAUGUCUAUUGCAGCUAUUCAUGAAUUUUACAGUGCAGUUGAUGAGGACGAAGUUGUUCUACGCAUUGGAGAGUUGAACUCACCAAGCUUCCUUCCAAUGAUGUUAUCGAUUUGGGUAAAUGACUCAUUUCAGAGGAAAGAAAGGGACCGGGAUCUUCUAACUCGGCUUCUUAUCAGUCUUACGAAGUCCAAGGUGGUACUGGAUACCAAACAGCUUAUUGAGGGGUUUGAAUCAGUUUUAGCGACUCUGGAGGAUGAAGUUACUGAUGCUCCAAAAGCAGCUGUAUUUCUUGGUCACAUUUUCGGUAGAUUAAUUAGUGAAAAUGUGAUCUCUCUGAAAGAAACAGGAGGUCUUAUACGACAUGGUGGUGAGGAGCCUGGUCAUCUUCUGCAAACUGGAUUGGGAUAUGAAGUUCUCGAAAGUACAUUUGACCUUAUAAGAUCAGAGAAGGGAGAAUCAGCCUUGCGAGAUAUCUGCAGUGCCUCCAGCACACAGUUGGAAGAUUUUAGACCGCCCGUGCUGUCCAAAUGAACCAUUUUUCUCAUUAGGCGGCCACAAUAACCUUUUGUUUUCGACGUGGUUAAUCAUUAUUUUACCUAAAAACAAAUGCAGAAGCAGGACAACUGAAUAUGCAGAAUAUUUGGUGUAAUGCUUAGGCGUGUAUACGUGACCACUGAUACCGACUUUGUGGUGCAUAUACAGUUUGGCUUACUGGGCUCCUUUAAGUGUUUUUGAAGAUGGUAUAAUGUCCUAG